CGACUCUUGGCACCGGGAAGUAUUCUUGCUACCUUUCACUAUUUAUUACUUAACAUGGCUCUACUUUUCAUCACAAGAUACUUGAAAACAGAGAGGACGAGUUUGAUACAUACUCAUUAGCUGAGAAAAAUGCCCAUGGGUCACAAAGCUAGACGGAGCUUACUUACGGGCUUUGAGGAUGCCGGAGUGAUUAACUUCUUACUUUGUAUCCAACACUGAAUGGUGACUAGCUAAUCUAGUCGAAGGGAUGUCAUAUUGAGAGACUCGGGAAUCAUAAGUAAGUAAUAUGCGCCGACGCACUACGCAUCGAUUUCAUUCUGGCUUUUCUUCCAGUUAUCGUUAGCCAUUUGAAACUUUGGCAUGUGUCGAGAAAAUGCCAUCAGUGUUUGCGACAUCCCAAUUUCUGGUAGUAUCCACGAUCGGGAAAUUAAUCAGAAACUUGUAACUUCUGUAACCUUCAGUAAGUUACCAUCAUUAUGGAAGUCCGGCGAGCAAGGCUCAGCGCUAUAUUUUCGAAUGACACCAAAUCUGUCAGAUUCCAGGACCCUUAUUCGACCGAAGCAAGAAAUAACAGAUGCAAAAGGCUUAACUUAGCCAAACUUUAUCCCACAAUACUGAAGAUCAGAUAACGCAACUAAAUCUGACACUCUUCGACGGAGAUAUCCAGGUUAUCAGCAUAUAAUUUUCGACCCAAGGGUUCAUUGUCCUACCCCCCUUAUGUAACUCGUUUAACAUCUAAAACGACGGUACGUCUUUGUACAAGGUGAUAGGUCGUAAUUGUACCAUAAAUCAGUCAGGUGAGUCAAUGACAACAUCUUUAGAAGACCUUGUAUGGUGAGUUGGUUGGUCUGCACGUGUGUUAAAUUUAAAAAGAGGAUGGAUAUGGGGAAAAGGAAUUGAGUGUUCAGCCUGUAAGGCGUUGGAUACGACGACAUCUGAUAAGGCGGAGUCGGAUUUUGAGGUACGGAUCUACUUGACGAGAAUACAUUUUACGAUGAUCAAGACAAUGGAUUUGUGUACUUUCUGAUCCGAGUAAUUUUAGGUAAGACUACUUUCAACUUGUUAUUAGAUUUGAGAGCCUGCAUUCGUUGGAUUAAAUAUUUUCCAAGUUACCAACGCUUCAAAUUCCUUCACAAUGGCUUACCUCCCUUAUGUUGAACCUGGACUCGAAAUCAUUCUUCCACUAUCAACUUUCAUUUUCAUACUCAACAUCACUCGAGAUAUUCUCGACAACUUUCUCUACUGCGGACUCAUUGGUGAAAUAUUCAUCGGUAUACUAUACGGAAUGCCCAUCACAGGAACAUCAUGGCUCAACAUAGAAACGCAAGAAACAAUACAAUAUCUCGGAUAUCUCGGGCUCAUCUGUCUAGUAUUCGAAGGCGGACUCAUUACCGAUCUUAAAAUGUUGGGAGAAACAAUAUGGGUAACACUUUCCGCAGCAGCAAUGGGAAUUCUAAUGCCUAUGGCUCUCUCAUUCUCCAUCAUGGGUAUGAAAUUCGAUACAGUCGAAGGUUCGGGAUAUCCAACUGCAUUGGCUGCUUUCUCAGCUGGUGUCUCGCUAUGUUCCACUUCUUUAGGAUCUACUUUCAUCAUACUUUCGUCAGCAAACUUACAGAAAACUCCAACUGGUACAUUGAUUGCUGGCGCCGCGAUGAUAGAUGAUAUCCUCGUCCUUGUAAUGGUUAAAAUCGUCACAGCACUUGGACAAGGACAAUCAAAUCCAUGGAGAAUAGCUCGACCCGCCAUUUCAAGCCUGAGUCUCAUUCUUGCCACCUUUCUCCUGGUGCCAUUUCUAAUCAAACCCAUAUACAAAACUUUCCAUUCCAUCCUCAAAAAUCAGAAAGAAGUUAACCGAGGUACUUUUAGUGAGAGUUAUGAUACGGAAAGGGGAAUUUCGCGACGUAUAGGAUUUAUACUUUCUACCUUGAUACUUAUACUUCUUGUUACUAUCGCUGCCUGUAUAGAGGGAUCUAUAUUACUCUCUGCAUUUCUAGCAGGAGCAAUCGUCAGAUACACCUGGCGAAGUGUUGAUUUGGACUUGGAAAUUGAUAUGGAUAUGGAGAUUGAUCGACCAACACUCAUGUUCGAAGAGUAUUACAAACCAAUCAUGGAUCACAUACUCGUACCAUUUUUCUUCGUAAGUUCUCUUCUUAUUAUCACACUACUCUACAUACAUCAUCAAAAUCCAAGGAUCUAUAAUCUCCCACCCCCUCCUUCCCCGGCGCGCACAUCUAAGGAAAUAAAUAUUCACCCAACUCUAUCUAGGCCUCAAUCGGCUUCUCAAUCCCCAUCUCAGAAAUGUUUUCUUCAUCUAUAAUCUACAAAGGAAUUUUCUACGCCCUCCUCAUGUUCUUCGCAAAAGCAUCCGUAGGAUUAAUCCUAUAUAUGAAUUUCCUGGUUCAAAAAUUCACAACACGAAAAUCCCCCCCGUCACAAAUACAAAUACAAAUACAACAUCCCGAAUCACAACCAAGCGUCGCACAACACGAAACAGGAACCUCUAAUACCAGCACCCAAUUCCCCCCAAGAUUACCACAUCUAGAUGCGCUCAUUGUAGGCUCUACGAUGAUCGCCCGCGGUGGCUUCGGCUUCCUUGUUGCGUCUGAGGCGCAGAGUUCGGGGUUAUUGAGUUUAUAUCGUUCUCAUGGUUUGCAGUUCAAGGAUUCUGGCAGAAUUGACGUGCAAGGUUUGGUAAGAGAGGGGGAUUUUAGAAGACAAGUGGAAAGGUUAGAUGUGGUAGAGGAUCAGAUUUUCUUGGUUAUUAUCUGGGCGUUGGUUUUAUGUACGAUUUUGGGCCCCGUGGUGGCGGGGGUGGCGGUUAGGAGGAAGGUACUUUUUGGGAGUGGGGCUGGGUGUGCGUGUGCGUGUGGGCGUGGGAGGGGAGCAGAGGGGAGAUGUCAUCUUUGUUUGUAGGGGUUUCAUUGGGUUUCUGUGCAGGGGGUGCAGGAGGGUGGAGGAUGAUAGGAAUGGGAAUAGAGUCAAGGAGUAGAUGUAAAUGUUUAAAUCUUACAUUUGUUCUGAAAAUAAUACAUAUAGAUUGACAGAAGAAAUAACUAGUCUUAUCAUGAUAUAUAGUAUAUAUAAUUAUCUUCCUCCCCAUCCAUCACUAUACUACCUAC